GUAUAAUUUAUUCUGGUAAAAGGAGACCAUGUACUUGCUGGGAAUCAAGAUCUUUGGCUUCAAUCACUGCUUCUGAGGUUAAGGCAAAGCAAACCCAAGAAACCAAACCAAAGAAGAGUUCAAGUAACACGCUCUGCAGUUUAUCAUCUGUUUCAAGCAGGAUAUGUUCAUAAGAUAGCAAAAGCUUAUGGAUUCUCAUGCUUCACUUGAAACAAGUUUUGUAGUUCAUCCUGUCAUUUGGGUUUGAGAAAAUCUCUGCCAUAAAGCUUUCCUGGUGUUACUACUGCGAGUCACCAAAAGUUGUGCCAAAUCAAAGAAUUAGCUAUUGUUCAAUGCAAUCAUCUAAGAAAACUACAAUUAUGGAUGGAUCUCAGAGGUUCUAUGACCAAACUAUGCGAGAUCAGGAGUCAUAUUGCUGGCAUCCGAAUCAGAAUGUAGGCCACUACCCAUUUUCUGAUGAUCGCAGCCAAGAGAUGCACCUUUCAGUGGAGACUUUUGAACAGCAGUGCACUCUAGAAUCUUCAUCUGGAACUAGUAGUUACCCUGUUCACAAUUCUCCAUCUACCGGUAGUUUCUCCCCAAAUGAAAGUGCAAUAUCUCAGCUAAAUUCUCAAUCAUGCCUGUUGGAUCUGCAUGAUUCCUCUGAGAAUACCAGUUGUUCACCAGAUAGGGACUCUUAUGUUACCCACAAGCUUAGAGAACUGGAAACUGCAAUGCUGGGUCCUAUAGAUGAUCUUGACAUAUAUAAUAUAACGACUCCGGCGAGCCAAAUCACAUCCGAGGAAGAGAAGUUUAAAUUUUUGGUAGAGAUGAUGUCCAGAGGAGACUUAAAAGCAGCACUUUGUGCUUGUGCUCAAGCAGUUGCAAACAAUGAUAUGCUUACAUUUGAAUGGCUAAUGACAGAGUUACGCCAGAAGGUAUCAGUUUCCGGUGAGCCAAUUCAACGUUUGGGAGCCUACAUGGUGGAAGGUCUUGUUGCAAGGUUGGCAUCUUCAGGAAGUAGCAUCUACAAAGCGCUAAGAUGCAAGGAGCCUGCAAGUGCUGAGCUUUUCUCUUACAUGCACAUACUCUAUGAAGUUUGCCCAUACUUCAAGUUUGGGUAUAUGUCAGCAAAUGGAGCAAUUGCUGAAGCAAUGAAAGAUGAAAGAAAAGUUCACAUAAUUGAUUUUCAAAUUUCACAGGGCAGCCAGUGGGUCACCUUAAUCCAGGCUCUUGCUGCUCAACCUGGAGGGCCUCCACAUAUUCGACUUACAGGCAUUGAUGAUUCAACAUCAGCAUAUGCUCGUGGAGGAGGACUUGAUAUAGUGGGGCAAAGACUAUCGAGGCUUGCCAAGUCAUGUAAAGUACCCUUCGAGUUCCAUGCUGCUGCAGUUUCUGCUUCUGAAAUUCAACUGGAGAAUCUUGGAAUUCGACCUGGUGAAGCUCUUGCAGUUAAUUUUGCAUUAACACUUCAUCAUUUGCCCGAUGAAAGUGUGGGUACUCAAAAUCACCGAGACAGGCUGUUGAGGUUGGUUAAGAGCUUAUCUCCCAAGGUGGUAACUCUCGUUGAGCAAGAAUCAAAUACUAAUACUGCCCCUUUUCUUCUCCGUUUCACCGAGGCAUUAAACUAUUAUUUGGCUGUAUUUGAAUCAAUUGAUGUUACUCUACCAAGGGAGCACAAGGAGAGGAUCAAUGUUGAGCAGCACUGUCUUGCUCGGGAGGUUGUCAACAUUAUAGCAUGUGAGGGUGCUGAGAGAGUGGAACGACAUGAACCUCUGGGUAAGUGGAGAUCACGGUUCACCAUGGCUGGGUUUACACCAUACCCAUUAAGCACUUAUGUGAAUGCUACUAUCAAAACUUUGCUCGAGAGCUACUCCAAUAAGUACACACUUGAAGAACGAGACGGAGCUUUAUAUCUUGGCUGGAUGAACCGGCCUUUGGUUGCUUCUUGUGCAUGGAGGUGAUAAGCAGAAUACUCGAGAGACUUGUAUGCUUCAGACAGCUUUUGAGGCAAGAUCAUUUCAUCAUGUUCUUUGUAGUCUAAAUAGCAUAACAAUGUUGAAACAUUAACGGAUUAUCUAGCAAUAAUGAAUUCGCUAAUUUGCAAUAUAA